AAUACCUGACUCUCGUUGCUUCAAUGAAACUUAACCGUUGCAACUUAUUGCAACGUUGGAAACUACGGUAUCUUAUUUUGGGAAGCAGUGUUCUGCACGAUAUUCCCGCUGGAGCCGUACCCAUGAUUGGUCGGUCAUUGCUAGAUGCAUCAUCGUCAACAGUUGCGUGGGCGCUUCGAAGACCAAUUGCGCCGAGGAAUCAUACUUCCACGGGCUUAAGCGCCCACGAUCCAUCCUGGGCCGUCCUUUUGGUAGUCACUGAGCACCGGAAGGGCUACAAUAACCAUAAUGGCUCCUUCGGUCAGAUUCUCGGGGCUCGGCUUCACCUGGUCCCUCAUUCCAUGUUGAUGAGCAUAAUCGCGUGGACGCGAUCGAACUUGUUGCAGAUCUUCAAGAACUAGAAAGCGUAUUGCAACUGUCGUGUGAUAAUGGGCUUCGGUGGGCGAUGGUUGCAUUUGCUAUCCCUUGGCAUCAUCGUGCAAUUGCAGCUCGCGAGAGCACAAACUGCCUCAACCUUCUUCAUCCCCGACACCAACACCAUCGUCGCAGUCAACCUACCUGAAGGAUCUGAUGAUGUCAACUUUUAUGUUGCCACCCCGGAUUGGUAUCAGUAUACUGCCAUUGGCUUCGGCCGGUCAAUGGCCGAUGCCCUGAUGCUUGUCAUGUACCCGUCAGCAGAUGGCAAGGGAGUGACCGUGAGUCCGAGGCUGAGCACGGGCAACACCGAGCCUGUCUUUUCCGGCGGGAUACGCAUCACCCUCCACGAGGGCUCCGGCAUCAGCAACUCGGAUCUAAUUGCCAACGGCACGUGCCACAGCUGCCGUGUGCUGGGAGCAGGCAGGCCCUCGGUCGAGGCCACCGGCGCCUCACCCAUGAUGUUCGCCGUGGGUCCCAGCAUCGUGCUGAACUCUGACGACCUGGAUGCUCGCAUCCGGCGUCACGUCGCAUACGGCCGAUUCACAGCAGACCUAGUCAGGGCAACCGGCCCGGGCGGCGUGGGCGACCCGCUCAACACAGCCGCGAGCGCGACCACGGUGCUAGCCGGAGACAGCAGCGGCAGUAUGGUCCGCGACAGCAACCGGGCAGCGACCGCCCACGGCGUGUUGUACAUCAUCGCCACGCUGGCCGUGGCCCCGGUUGACACGCUCAUCGCCGGCGCGUGCAGGCGCUGGUCCUGGCUGCAUGCCUUCACGGGGACCAUGUAUUUCCUGUUUGUUGUCGGGGCCAUGGUUCCGGGGAUUUUGAUCAGCCGGGAGCAUGUUGUGACUCAGCAGUUCCGCACCGGACAUCAGGUCCUCGGCCUGCUGACCUUCGUCAUCAUGGCCUGCAUGUUCUUCUGGGGCAUCGGCCUGUCCUUGAUCAAGCGCACGGCCAAGAAACGCGGCCAGGAGCCGCCAGAAAGCACCCCCCUGUUGGCAGCCAUCCACAGGUGGGUUGGUAGGCUGAUAUGGGUGCUUCUCCUUAUCAGCAACGGACUGGGUUUGAGGCUUUCGGAGCAACCCACGUUGGUCAUGUUGGGUUAUGCCGCUCUGGCUGGCGGUGUUGUGGUCUUCCUUGUGCCCGUCUACUUCUUCGUCUGGAGGUGCUUCAAGCGGCAGAAGCAAAAGGACGAAGCUAUACAUGAGCUUCAAGCCAUCUACCGAUGAGCGACGGAUGAAAAUGGUUCUCAUGGUGCAUUUUACAGGUGCCAGUUCAUGCACAGGAUAGAGGAUAGCCUUAGUUAAAUUUUGCCCGCACAGCAUGCGACUCGGAGAAAACGUCGUCGGUCGUCGCAUCGCUACAGCUACAGGUAAGAUGUCAUCAACUAGGCGAGUACGUCGCACUGCCCAUAUAUUUGUUGAACCUCCCCCUGAACUACC